UGACCCCUCUAGAUGCUUUGAGGUUGGUAAAUGGCAGCAGUCGCUGUUCUGGAAGAGUUGAAGUUCUACACAGAGGACAGUGGGGCACAGUGUGUGAUAACAGAUGGGACCUGCGUGAUGCUGCAGUGGUGUGUAGAGAGCUGGGCUGUGGAGAGGCUGUAGAAGCUCUCAAAGGUGCUCAGUUUGGACAGGGCUCAGGAGAAAUUUGGAUGAGUGAUGUGGAGUGUGUGGGGUCUGAGUCAACAGUGAAGGACUGCAAGUCACAAAGAUGGGGUGCAGAAAACUGUGGUCAUCAUCAGGAUGCAGGAGUCAUCUGCUCAGGAGUCCAACUGGUGGGCCGUUCUCACUGCUCUGGAAGAGUGGAGCUGCUUCAUAAGGAGACCAGACACACUGUAUGCAGUACCACAUUUGACCAGCAGGAUGCAGAGGUUGUGUGUCGACAGCUGGGCUGUGGGGCUCCUGUAGAGGUGCUGGGAGCAGCUGCAUUUGGAGAGGGAGAGGGCCAGAUGUGGUCAGAGGAGAUCCAGUGUGGAGGCAACGAGACUCAGAUUCAACUCUGCCCCACAUCCCCUAUCAACCACAACUGCUCACACAAGCACGAUGUUGGAUUGGUUUGUAAAGAUCCUGUUAAGUUGGUAGAUGGUGGCAGUCGCUGCUCUGGGAGAGUGGAGGUUUAUCAUGAGGCUGAGUGGGGCACAGUGUGUGAUGCUUAUUGGGACCAAGUUGAUACAGCAGUUGUGUGUAAACAGCUGGACUGUGGUGAUGCUGUAGAUUCCCUGUCAGAUGCCCACUUUGGAGUGGGAGCAGGGAGAGUCUUGAUGGCUGAGGUUGGCUGUGUGGGAUGGGAGACCAGACUGAAGUCCUGUUCUCGUAAGAGAUUGGGUGAGCACACAUGCCUGCCUAAAGACAGUGUUGGAGUCAUCUGCUCAGAGCACAGAGCUCCCAGGCUAGUGAACGGUUCCCACCAGUGUUCUGGGAGAGUGGAGGUGGAACAUGGGAACACCUGGGGAACAGUGUGCACAUUUGGCUGGCAGGAUGCAGAGGUUGUGUGUCGACAGCUGGACUGUGGGACUCCUGUAGAGGUGCUGGGAGCAGCUGCAUUUGGAGAGGGAGAGGGCCAGGUGUGGUCAGAGGAGAUCCAGUGUGGAGGCAACGAGACUCAUAUUCAACUCUGCCCAACAUCCCCCAUGAACCACAACUGCUCACAUGAUGAGGAUGUAGGGUUACUGUGUUCUGGAUACACUGAUGCCAGACUGGCCAAUGGCAGUGAGUCCUGCUCAGGCCGAGUGGAGCUCAAGUACCUCGGAGAGUGGGGCACAGUGUGUGAUGCAUCCUGGGAUAUGAGGGCCUCCAGCGUGCUCUGCCACCAGUUGAAGUGUGGGAGUGCUGUGGCUGUUGUAGGGGCAGAGUGGUUUGGUGAGGGGAGUGGAAGCAUCUGGCCUGAUGUGUUUGUGUGUGAGGGGAAUGAAACUGGCCUCUUAAGAUGUGGAAUCUCCUCAUGGCGUCGAGCUGCAUGCUCCCAUAGACAGGAUGCUGGAGUGAUCUGCUCAGGUUCCUCCCUCUCCCAGUACAAUGGGACGGUGCGCUUGUCUGGAGAGAGGCAGUGUGAGGGAGCGGUGGAGGUUUACGUCAGUCAGAGGUGGAGGAGAGUUAUGCUGGAGUCCUGGAAUCAGUCUGUAGCCUCCGUGGUGUGCAGACAGCUGGCCUGCGGUUCUGCUGUUAGGUUCUUUGGUUCUACUGACACAGAGGGCGAUGGGUGUGUCUCGGGGAUCCAUUGUUCUGGACGUGAGACUCAUCUGGGAAGCUGCAGCUUUCCACAGAUACUAAACUGUACUUCUAGCCAGCAGGUGACCAUCGUCUGUUCAGGCCCUCAGCCAGUCAAGUUGACAGGAUCUGGAGGAGACUGUGCUGGCAGGCUGGAGGUUCUCCACAAUGGCUCGUGGGGGACUGUGUGUGAUGACUCCUGGGACAUGCAGGAUGCCCAGGUAGUGUGCAGACAGCUGCACUGUGGCACAGCUCUCAGUGCUAAGGUCCCUGCAUCUGUUCCACCAGGAGAUCUGCCCAUCUGGCUGAGCGAGGUGAACUGCACAGGAGACGAGACGAGCCUGUGGGAGUGUCCCCCAGCAGAGUGGGGGCGGCACGACUGCUCACACAAAGAGGAUGUGCAGGUCAUGUGCUCAGAGUUCAUUCAGCUGAGACAAAACACAGAGCGCCAUGGACCGUGUAAAGGUGUAAUAGAGUUGUACUACAACGACACCUGGGGGCACAUAUGCUUCAGUGACAUGAACAAAAACACAGGCUCAGUCAUUUGCCAUCAGUUAGGCUGUGGAGGUUUUAUAAAGACCCUUUCACAGACGGCAAUUAACACCAAGAGACUGAGCCCUCCACAGUGUAGGAAGCACGAUACUCACCUUGAGCAGUGCAAACCUUUUCAAUGGGAUACAGCCUGCAGGAAAGUUGCUGAUCUAGAGUGUAAAGACACAGGAACUGAAACAAAUGUUCCUAUCAUAGACAAAGAGUCAGUUAAGGAAUGUCCAGUGUCUCCAGAGCUGAGGCUGGUGGGGGGUCCCACUCGCUGCUCAGGGAGGGUGGAGGUGCUCCUACAGGGAGAGUGGGGGACGGUGUGUGAUGACUCCUGGGACAAGAGCGACGCCCAGGUGGUCUGCAGGCAGCUGGACUGUGGGGAGCCCGUUGAUGAAGGGGGGGAGCAGGGCCCAUUUGGAAGGGGAGGCGGCCCCAUCUGGCUGGACGAGGUGAACUGCACCGGCCAUGAGCACCACCUGUGGGAGUGCUGCCGCGCCCCUCUGAAUCAGAGUGACUGCAUCCAUAAGGAGGACGCCUGGGUCACCUGCACAGGGCCUCCACCUCCCACCACCUGUCCUCCAGUCACCUCUGGGAGAACCACAGGGCCUCCAUGUGAGCCUGCAGGGCUUCCUGUCUCUCCAGCGGCUGCAGCCACUCUGGGGCUCCUGCUCCUGCUGCUGCUGGGCUCACUGGCGGUGCUGGUGGGGCAGAACAGGGCACUCAGGAGAGCUCUCUCCAAAAGGAAACACGUGGAACUGAGUGAAGCUGUCUAUGAGGAGCUGGAUCUCAGACUGACCACAGCCGGCUCCUCCAGAGGUCGUCAUAGAGGGAUUGAUUAUGAUGAUGUGGGGGCGGAGUCUGAGGAGUGA